AUGGGAUAUGCGAUAUGCGAUAUGCAAUAUGCAAUAUGCAAUAUGCGAUAUGCAAUAUGCGAUAUGCGAUAUGCGAUAUGCGAUAUGCAAUAUGCAAUAUGCGAUAUGCAAUAUGCAAUAUGCGAUAUGCAAUAUGCAAUAUGCGAUAUGCAAUAUGCAAUAUGCGAUCAUACACAGUCUGCAAGCAUGUGCCAUAUGCGAUCUGCAAGCAUAUGCGAUCUGCAAGCAUAUGCCAUAUGCGAUCUGCAAGCAUAUGCCAUAUGCGAUCUGCAAGCAUAUGCGAUCUGCAAGCAUCUGCCAAAUGCAAGCAUUUGCGAUCUGCAAGCAUAUGCGAUCUGCAAGCAUAUGCGAUAUGCAAGCAUAUGCGAUAUGCAAGCAUAUGCGAUAUGCAAGCAUAUGCGAUAUGCGAUCUGCAAGCAUAUGCGUUAUACGGUCUGCAAGCAUAGGCGAUCUGCAAUCUGCAAGCAUAUGCGAUAUGCUAUGCUAUGCUAUGCUAUGCUAUGCUGCGCUAUGCUAUGC